AACAAAUGUGUUUUUUACCGUUUGUUUGAGCCACCUUAAAUUCAAAGUGUUUCCGUGCGCGCGCGCGCUAUUCGCGUGUCACGCCACUUCGGAACUGUCUUCUUAACACAUUAUGUUAUUGGGUAACAUACAUUAGAGCGGUUUUCAACUGAGUGUCGUAUUAAACCAAACCAAAGCUAUCACUCUUAGCCAAUCACAAAGGACAUGGACAAUCCAACGAACUAGUCAACGAGUACGAGCCACUCACGAUUGGUUUUGAUUUAACUUCUCAUUGGCAUGAAAAAGUGGCCUGAGUGUAUUAAACAAACGUGUAGAGAUGCAACACCAAAGGAAAUUAAUGCGAAUCACUCUUUACAUCCUAUUUAUAAUCCUUAUGCUGCUAGACUGAGGAAAAUUCAUCUUUUUUCCGUAGCUCUGAUGUACGCCUCCAUAUUUGGAAAUUUGACUGCUAUCAUUCAAAGGCUAUAUUCUCGUACUUCUCGAUUUCACCGAGAUUUGAGAGUUAUCGAGGACUUUGUUAAAUUUUACAAAAUACCGAAGUCCACUAAAGAGGAGCUGGACGAGUACUUCAGACACGAAUGGGCUUAUACGAAGGGCGUUGACAUGGAAACGGUCCUCAAACGUUUUCCCGAGUCUCUUCAAGCUGAUGUCUGCCUUUAUUUGCACAAAAAUUUAUUCACAGAGUGCUUAGCGUUUAAAACUGCUAGCGAGGGCUGUUUACGAGCACUUGCGUUGCGGUUUAAGAUUCGACAUUAUCUUCCGGGUCACUUCAUCAUUAAACAGGGAGACGAGGUCAAACGUCUUUACUUCAUAGCGAAAGGAAAUAUCGAAGUUGUCAAAUUUGACGAGACCAUGCUAACAUUAGGUUGGUGUUCAAAGUUUUCUUUGAUUUUAUUCCUCGGCACCUUGCUUGGACCAGAGCUUACUUUUCCCUCCUCCUGAGCUUAUUCUGGUUUCUGUAGCGUGACGUGACUAUAACAGUGAGCAUGACGUGACUAUAACAAUGAGCAUGACGUGACUGUAACAGUGAGCAUGACGUGACUAUAACACUGAGCAUGACGUGACUAUAACUGUGUUGUUAGUCAAGUCUCGCUCUCUUCCUCUCUGUAUCCGAGUGUGAAGGGAAAACACAAGAACAACAACAACAAAUGCAGAAAAACUACAAGGGAAGGAAAUACCCGAGAAAACGUCGCAAUUUGCACGUGUGCAAAUAUAUUUGUGACAAUUAAGACAAACAAGUUAGAUUCCGGUUUAUUUAAACUGAUCAAAAGUGGAAUUAAACCAUUGGUUACUAGGUUUUGUUCUGUUUCCCACGUUUGACACGAGUUACAUGUUUUCCCGCGCUAGCCACCAGGUAUAUAUUUUCCCGCGGUUUUAUAGUACCGACUACAAUUUUUUCCCGCGCUUCGCAUCAGGCCUUUAUUUUCCCGUGAUUUAGUACGGCUGCAUAUUUUCCCGCGCUUGGCGCCAGUUGUAGGCUUUUAGGACGUUUAUUAAGACCAUCUGCACUUAGUUUGGUUGACACUAAUUGGUUUAAUGUGUUAUUCGCGUUUGUCAGCGACGGUAAUUUGUAGAUCAUGCUUUCUUAUUGUCAAUAUUUACGAUGCAUCAAUCAGUGCUUCUUUGCACUCAGUCAAAACAUUCUUCUACUUGAUUGACAGGUAAGGGUGAUGUCAUCAGUUGCGAUUACAGCACAGUACAGAGUAUGUACAUUCCUAAAGCUAACGCCAGUCUCCGCGUUCAAACUCAUGUUG